AAAAACGCGAAAUCAGCCCGUUUCUGUCGUUCCGCCGCCCGCUGCUACUACGACGCUGUGUUUGUGUGACAUUGAAAUCGCCGCAGCCGCCGCAACAACUGCCAAAGUUAACAAGAGAAAGACGACAACGAAGACAUAAACAAAGCGCUUCCAGUUCGCCCUCGGUCCGUCCGGCCGCGCUCGCUUGUUAUGUGUGUGUAGCGACGUGCGUCAUCCGUCGACGACUGGCGAAGUACGCUCCGUCGCAAUCCUGCCCGCCUCGCUUCCCUGCGUCUUGCGUGUCGUCCGCCUCGCGGCUUGCGUGAGUGAAUUUUACGCCGCUACGCAGUAAGCGCUCCCCAUUCUUUCGAGCGGGCAGCGGUACCCAUAUUCCGCGCUUCCUUUCCUGACGGCUCCAUGAUGAUGGGGACGACGUCAACGCAAGUACGGACCGCGCACCUGACUUGUCGCCGCAGCCGUCGGCCAGCCGACCCUACCUCAGCUGCUACAACACCGAAGACCACGUCGCUGUCAUCCCACGCACCGAAAAGGAUGUGAGUUUUUGGACGCCGCGUCGGCGUUUUCAAGUCCGAAAACACAGCUGUCGCGCUGCGCUCUGCAGUGACACAACGCGACAGGUCGGUUCGAUCGCGGAGAAAAUCAAACAGCAUCGACAAAAAAAACGAAAGGAGGUCGUUGAAUCGAGUACGGAGAGAGACUCUCCAUGUGGCAACGCACGCUAUGCAUUCGUCAGCGUCACCGCCCAGUCGACGUCGUCAACAGCCUCCGGGGUCCUUCUUCACGAUCCCUCGGUGGAUGGGGGGAGCCCGCAAGCAACUGCAGUACCGAAGUCUGCGGUCCCUCGAAGACCCCGGCGGCGCGGGGUCGACGUCCACCACGACCAAGUCGACGGGGUCGCAUAGACCCAAGCGACCCAGCCUGUUCGAUCAGCUGGUUCGGCGGUUCUGCACGCCCGCGCCGCGUCACCUCUCCAAGGGUUCCCACCAGCAGCACUACGGACCCGUCAGAACGGGGUCGCUUCGCGACGUCCGGUCGCGGGCGGUCGGCGGCGACCCCGGCGACAGUCGGAAGGACGCGUUCGCGGCCAGACCGGACGCGCUUAAGGUCGUUCCCGCGGUCGCCGGCCUCCGGAACGAAGGCAACACCUGCUUCAUGAACGCUGUCCUCCAGUGCCUGAGCAACUCCGACGCCUUCGCGGAGUACCUGGUGUCCGAAAGGUACCGAGGCGACUUGCUCAGGAAGGGGGGUGCUGGUCGGUCGACGUCGGGGUCUGGUGGUCGCGUCACCGAACAGCUAGCGCAAGUGAUCGCGGCGCUGUGGCGGGGUCGGGCAGACGCCGACGUCUCGGCCCGCUUCAAGUCUGUGGUCGAGAAGCAUGCCAGUCAGUACCAGGGCAGCGAGCAGCACGACGCACAGGAGUUCCUCAUGUGGCUGUUGGACAAGGUGCACGAAGACCUGGAUGCUGGGGACGACGGUGCCACUGGAAAGCGGUCGCACAAGAGGCCCAAGGCUGCCGCUGAGCGUUUCGGCUCCUCCCGCAAUGCCCGGGGCUCCGUUCCGUCAUCCCUGCCCGGCGAGUGGCAGCCUAGGAGCCCGCACCCUGCGCCCCCAGCGAGCCGCUGGCAGGGCAGCCGGGUGGCGUCCCUGUUCGGGGGCCAGCUGCGGCUGCGACUGACGUGCCCUCGCUGCGGCCGCCAGAGCAUCACCUUCGACCCUUUCCUCUGCCUGUCCCUGCCCAUCCCGGUGCCCCAGCAGUGGCUCUGCCGGCUCAGCUUCGUCCCGCGCAACGCGCCACCCGUGAAGCUGGGCUUCCACCUGGACUGCAGUGCCACGAUGGAACAGGUCCGACAGAGAGUUGCAUCCGAGUGUCACGUUCCAGCAGACCAGCUCCUGCUGCUGGAAGAGACGAAGGAAGGGUACGGAAACCUGUUCUCGGGGGAUGAGCCCGCGAGCGGGGUUCCGCCGGGUGCUCGGCUGGUGGCCUUGGAGCUUCCGUCGGCCAAGGUCACGGCCACAACCCCCAAAGACGCCCUGCUUCUGCUACUCUGUCGGUCCCGGCUGGGCUCCUCUGGACCCUGCCUCGGUGCCACGCGGGCAGUCUGGGUGCCGCGGGAAGUGUCGUACAACGAGCUCAAGUCCAAGGUGGUGGAGAGUCUUCCCUCGGCGGGCCGGAGCUCCCUCAAGGACCAGGGUCUGGAAAAUGGCUUCGAGGUGCUGGCCUGGGACGCGCAGCGGACGCUUCCAACGGACGUGGACCACCCGCUCUUUCUGGAGUUUGUGGACCAUGUUCUGGAGGCCUUCCGGGACGUGACUCCGGUGCCGCUGCUCCGACUGCUGCUCCGCUGGGAACCACGUGCAGCCGACCGACUCUUCCUCGCAGAGGAUUCGAUCGCCGAAGAAGGUGCGGACGUGUCCAUGGAACAGGAGUCGGCGCCCUCAGUGUCCCUCUCCGAUUGCCUCGACUUCUAUUUCACCGAGGAGAAGCUGGAACCGGACGAGGCAUGGCUGUGCCCGCAGUGCGAGAGCAGGCAGCAGGGUGUGGCCCAGCUGGCACUGUCCUCUUGCCCAGACAUCCUGGUGGUCCACCUCAAGCGCUUCCAUCAGAGCGGACGCCACCACGGCAAGCUGGCGACGCGGGUGGAGGUGACCCAGAACGACCUCGACCUGGGGCCCCACCUGUGCCAGCAGGGGUCCGGGCUUCGGGGGGCCAAGUACGACCUGUACGCCCUGUGCAGCCACCACGGGGCAGGCCUGCAGGGAGGGCACUACACGGCGUGCUGCAAAAACCCAGUGGACGGGAACUGGUACCUAUUCGACGACGCCAGAGUGCGCCCCGCAACGCCGGAAGACCUGAUGGCACGGGAUGCCUACCUACUCUUCUACCAGCGCCAGAACCCCGACGACCGUAAAAUCGGUUCCGGUUCGGCGCUCGGAACAACAACCUCCGGCCACUGGUUCUCCCGUGCACCACCUCUCUCAUCGAGCCGGAGCCACGAGCAGCUCUUGGAACGUUCUCCCGUUCGACGGCGGGAAACCGGUUCGUCUCCGGUUCGUGCUGGUACGCCUCCUGCUCUUCCCCCUCCUCCGACCAGCUACUCGGUUCUGCCGGGCGGCUGCUCCCCUUCGGCCGGCGACGGGAGUCCCGGUUUGCCAGCCGCACCAGUUCGCACCAAUUCGUUGAGCCGUGGGGAGCCCCAGGAUACCACCCCACGAGCCUCUGGACCCCAAGUCUCCGGUUUGCAAGUCUCCUGUUUGCAAGUUUCCGGGUUACAAGCUCCUAGCUUGCGGACCUCCAGUAUGCGAAAUGGCGUCAUGCGGGACGGAGUCAUGCGGGACGGAGUCAUGCGAGACGGAGUCAUGCGGGACGGAGUCGUGCGAAAUGGCGUCAUGCGAAAUGGCGUCAUGCGGGAUGGUAUCAUGCGGGACAUCACUGUGCAAGAUGCCAGUCUGUUGCCUAACAUGUCUCAAGACAAGCCAACUGUUGAGCAGUGUUCCCCUGGGGACGCAGGAGCUGAGGCACAGCAGCCCACCCACAAGGAAGCUUUCUGGACUGUGACUUCUGUGUGAUCUUGAAACGACCUUGGGGUGACCUUCGAAAAGGGACUGUUCAACAACGAAUGCGAACUGUUCUGAGCUCCCAUACCCCUCUCACACACGGACAACAACCGGCAAAAGGAGAGGAGGGCAAUGCUUUGCCGGUGUCUUCUAGUCUUGUUUUGGUUUUUGCGUGCUAAAGUUGUGUGCUAAAAUCUCCUACUUUAGUGCGGCCUGUUGAGUGUUUUCUUCUUUUUUUUCUUCGGCAUUCUCUUUUAGCGAGGCGAUUGUGCAGACUUUGGGGAGUUUUUCUUUUUUUUUUUGGUCCGUGUCUGCAACGACAUGCUAUUUAGUCGCUCCUCUAGAAAGUUUUUGAUUUUAGUAAAGCUCAAAAUUGAUUCUUUUUUUUUUUUUACUGUUGCGUUUACGGUUAAAUGAAAUGGUUGUGUCGGGAGGUUUUUGUAUCUCUUCAAUCGAUCAGAGCGGCAUAUGAUUUGACCCUUGAAUGUCUGCACGAAUGUCGUAAACCGAGUUAUUUAAAAAAGAGUGAACAGCGGAAACUCCCUUUUUACUUUGACGUAAGUUUCAGACACGUUUGCAGAGACAUAUCUAGUGAUGUUAUAUUUUAGAAACCGUCGUAUCUCUUUUUUUCUUUUUAUCCUGGCAAGCUAGGGGUUUGCUGACGCUGUAGUCAGCGUUCGUUACUGUGCGUAGAAGGACGGUGUUGUCGAGAGGGCUUUACAAAGUGCCGGGUUAGUCAGCAGUACUAAUCCACGCAAACAUGUUGACCACUUCAAGUGCAUUUGGUGGAGCUGUUUCUACCGUCGUGUAGCUGGUCGGAAGAUUAUGUAUAUCGAGUUGUUUUUUGCAGCCGUCUGUGAUAAGACAAAAGAUGGAGUAGUCCGAUAGCGCGGUUGCGCCAAGGCAGUCUGUUUUAUCGAAUGCCGUGGAUAGUAAAGCCACUGGAAACACGGGCCAAAAAUACAAGAGCACUUUGUAGCUAAAUUGCCGCAGUCCGUAGCCAGAUGUUUACUGCGCUGAUUGGUGCUGUGGACUUGCAGUCGAAAGCACAAGUUUUUGUCCCAUAGUACCGGGUCGGCCGGGUGGAUUGUUAGUUUGUGAAUGUCUUACUCAAGUUCAUUCUUUUAGCUUGUCACACCAAAUUUUCUUUUUUUGUAUGGAAGCUUAUGGAAGCAGUAGGCUUUUUAUUUUGAAAUUUGGAAAACUUACUUUAGGCUGGGCCUGAAGUUAAAUGUGAGAAUUACGCUUUCUUCUGGGUGGUGUUCCAGCUAGGCCUACUUGUCUUCAAGGCGGGAGGCUGCUCCAUUUGUCUCUCUAGUUUUCCUAUCUGCAGUUACCAUGAAAUCCAACCAGGCAGACAGUUAGUUAACUUAGCUUUGCAGACAUGGUAAAGACUGAUUGGUUGACCCAGCCAUGCUUCAGUGGCGCCGCUUGUUAUCAAACAUUUGUUUAAUAUGAGUUGAUUACACUGAAGCGUGUCCAACACAAUAACCUUUUUCUUGACUUCGAUGAAGAGUUAAUGGUCUUGUGUAUAUUAAGGUGGACUAGUUGGUUCAACAUACAAAUACAUACUAAAUGGUUUUUUAUGAUAGCAGAAGCUACAUAUUUUUCAACAGCACUGCAAAUAAUUUCCUUCACUUUCCUUUCAUCAGUAUGAGAGGGAAUGAGCAAACUUUUACAAAGUUUAGGGGGAAAAGUCAAUUGCACUAUGCACUAACGUUGCAUUUUAAUUACCCAAAUUUAGCUUCUUCACCGUCUACAAUUUGGAAAGCUCAAAGGCAGGAGUAAAAGCCAUGGCCUUUGUCUAAUUGUUAUCAUUUAACUGUUGGCCUUCACUGGUUUUUCUUAGUGUUUUUUUAUAACAUCAGGCUCUACAGUAGCUAACAGUAUACCUUUCAGGGAGUAGAAACCAAACAUAUGUCACUGUUUCUUUCGUAAGUGAUGUUCUUAGAACAUUUGUUUGCCAUAUUAUUGGGGUUAUGAAAAAAAAAAUUCAGUGACGAGAGUAAAGUUAAAAAAAAAGACGGGAAAUGGAAGAGAGCCACUCUUUCAUCUUGACUUUGGCGUUAGGUAGGCUGAGCUCAACAGCCUUCAUUGCAAACAAGAAAGUUUUUUUCAUUCCCGAAUCCUAAAGAGGCAUAGGCUCAUCCUUCGAGCUUUAUGGACAUGGCGCCCAGGACCAGUGUGGUUGCUUGUCUCGAAUCUCAGCAUAAUAGCUUUAGAAAUGAACUUGUCUGGUUCAUUCAGAACCUCUACAAUGCAUCCGGCCUGAACAUUACUUUGUCAUGGGGUAGCUACCACAUUAAUGGCCUACAGGGUGUUCAUACUGUGUGGCCAGAGGGAAAACCCAAUCAUCCUUGAUUUUUUCUUGGCACCUGAGUGUUUCCUGUUAAUUGCAGUGUUUCCUGUUAGUUUGUGUCAGCCAACACAAAGUAUAUCCAGAGUUAUCAAACUGUUGAAGAUGAGAAGUUUGUUAGUUUUUAUGGAAAGUACACUUAGGGAGUGUGGAGCAGCCAACAUACAGUCUUCAUCUGGAUUAUCAUUUAUGGAGUAUCCCGGUGUUUCAUUUUCCAGUUUCCAGGAGGCGAAGAAAUAAGACAUCUUCUGCAAUAGACCCUUUUCAGAAUUCAGUGCCAUCUGGUGACUCAAUUGGCAGUUUAACUUUUACCGUACUAAUGACGGCAAUGAACCUGUGGUCUGCAGUAUUUUAUGGGGCACCUACUCUUUCGCAAGUCAACGGUAAACGAAAAUGUGCGCUCCACUGUACAGUUCUUUUUCAAUCUCUUUUAGUGUCGAUGGUGAAACCCGCAUAGACUCCUUGAUAAAAUUCGAUGCAUGAAGGGGCUUUGAAGCCGAGUGUGUGCUACUAACGUAUUGACUGGGCCCCGAGUUAGAAAUGAAUGCUUACGCAGCUCUUGCAUCCAAUUACUGCUUCACGUCGCGCUAACGUCUAGUAUGUAUAGGCCUCGAAUCAUCUGCUUAGGAGCAUCUUCAUCAUCUUCCUUCAUCAGUAAACAGAAGGCUACCAUUAGUAUAGAACAUGCCAUUUUUUAGAUGAUGGUCAUCAAAGUGGCCACACUGAAUUCUGGAAAGGGUCUGUUAUAAGACAGUUCAUGGAAUUCCUUCAUAGUAAAAGUUCAGACGAAGGUAACCUACAGCUUCACGAAAAAGAAGGCCCUGAAGAAUGUAGAGCAGAUUUGACGUAACCCUUCGAUAUCCAGCGUUGCCCAGGAGCAACAACUCUAGAAUGAUUUAUUUUCUCGGGCCACAUGUUCCUCAAUAAAUUUAGCGCCCUCUGUCGCGUGGGCCAGGAUACCUGUCCUAGCAGUCGAGGAUCAAAAUGCAUCUUCAUAACGGGCCACUUAUCUUUCAAAACCAAAGCCGACAGUGGAUGUGACGCAGGAUGGCGUGCACCACCGGCCUCAAAACUGCGAGAAGAAAGACCGGCGCAAAUAUUGCAAAUUCUUUUAGACCUUUCUCUACUGUGAAAAAUUCAAAAAGAUGUAACUGUUUUCAUCCGUUUCAUGUGAAGUAGCGCCGCAAAUGCCCAAUGUUGCUCCCAGACAAUAUUUCGAAAACAUGAAAAGGAUGUGUAGUUUCUUUUUAAACCAGAUUUCUGUUAUUUUGAUUUCUGUGUUUGAAUGCCAAGUCAGGGUUUGUAGGUCUCUAGUAUUUCAAGUAAAGUUUUGGGCUUGAAAGGGAUAAUCAUCGGAACUCUCACAUAGCGUACUUUAUUUGUAUUUCUACCACAUCGCGCUAGUUCUUAAAUCGUACAGCUGAACGUCGAAUCAUCACAUAAGACGACUUGGAUUAGCUUCGUAGCUGCUUCUGUGUGUUUGCAAAGACCUGUAGUAGAGCGAGCGUACUUGUAUAAAUUCUUGCAACAAAAUGUUCAUUCAGGCAGGCGUGUGGAGAGGCAUGAAACCUGAUUGAUGUUGUUUGAGACCGACGUUCGUUGCUUCAUGGGCAAUAAUAUCUACCCCCGAUGCCCCAAAACGACGUCAUAGUCCAGACGUCUGCUCAACGCCAUUCUUCAAAAUGGCGACGUCCAGCAUGCAUUCUCCCGUAGAGGUGCCCACAAGCGCGGCCAACGACUGUAUGCGGUCUCGUAGUUUCGCGUGUCAUGCAAUUCAUUGAGUGUCCGGUUUCUCUGGUCAAUCUGUGGAACUUCCCACCUCCCUGUCUCAUAACGGCGGACUAGCGGCCCAAGGCAACAGCUCCUAGAUAGGAAAGCCUUUGUGCCGAGUUUUCCUGCGUCACUAAAGAAGGCCGUUCGUAGGGAACUCGUGUUCAGUCAUUGGGAACACCAGUUCCUGCCGACCCCUGACUCGGUAAUGUCCAAUCUGUUCCCUACGGUGGCCUACCGUAGUGACGCAGAUAAAAAAAUUUAGCACUUGGGCUUUUUGUAUCUGGAAGGUGUUGCCCAAGUUAUCCUUGUGUAAUCUAUCCACGGCGUUUGGUAGUUUAAUAGCCCGGGGCAAAGUGUUUUUUUUUUUUCUUUCGUUUAUUUAAGAAGUAUGAAAAUUUGAAAAAAAUCGUUAUUCCACGAAGUUUGUGGAACUACGAGAGACGUUUUAGGGCAGCUGCCCAUAUACGCUUGUUGAUUAUAUAACUAGUGCAAGAAGCAGACGAGUUCUUGUUUUAGUGUGAUUUGUACAUAUACAUUUGUUUUUAGUUGUUAUAGUUUAUAACAGACGGUGCGCCGUAGAGGCACUGGAUAGUUUUGUUUGUUCUUUUAUUGAGUAUCCUGUCGUUACGUCAUGUUCGGAUUAGAGGGCAAGCUUCGUCCGUUGCAACUGGAUCUGUGGAGCGCGAGCGGCCUUUCGCGUUUUUGAUUAAUAGAAACAAAUAAAAAGAAACUGCCAUAUUCCUGCUUCCAACGGUUAAAAAAAAAAUAGAUAAUAAAAUAUGUUUCGAGAGCAGCGUAUAUUCACGAGCAAUCAUAUUUCGCGUGUUGUCGCGUUUUGUCACCUCGCGAUGUCUUUAAAAAUAUAUGGCAGACUGGGACCUGGCAAGUUUGCAAGAUAUGGAUGAAAAGUGGAAAUAGUUCUGCUAAUAAAAGUAAUUGACAGUUA